AUGCAGACCAAACACUUCUUUUCGGACCCAACCCAUCUGGUCCAGACCGCCCUGCACUCCCUCACCCUCACAAACCCUUCUCUUGCAUACGACCCCGAAAAUAAGAUCAUUUUCCGUCGCCCAGAUGCGGCAUCACAGUCCAAGGUUGCGAUCAUCUCGGGAGGAGGCUCUGGCCACGAGCCUGCUUUUGCAGGCCUCGUUGGCAAGGGUUUCCUAGAUGCUUCGGCCGCCGGUACCAUUUUCGCCUCUCCCUCCGCGGAGCAGAUUCGCAAGGCUAUCAUGGACUGUGUCGACCACGAGAAGGGUGUUCUUGUCAUCCCCAUGAAUUACACGGGUGAUGUGCUCAACUUCGGUAUGGCUACGGAGAAGGCCCGAGCCGCCGGAAUCAAGUCCGAAUUCUUCGCCAUCAACGAUGACGUUGGUGUCGGCAAGAAGAAGGGAGGAAAGGUCGGCCGCCGUGGUAUUGCUGGUGGUAUCCUUAUUCUGAAGAUUGUCAGCGCGCUGGCCGAAGCUGGUGGAUCUCUGGAGGAUGUUUACCGCACUGCCCAGUUGGCAAACAAGAACCUCGUCUCUGUUGGCUCUUCUUUGGAGCACGUUCACGUCCCAGGCAGAGCUAUGCCAACAGACACGAUCCCCGAUGGCGAGGUUGAGGUUGGAAUGGGUAUUCACAACGAGCCGGGAUCUCACCGGGUUCAGUUCACAUUGGUCGAUCUGGUAUCAACUAUGCUUCUUCAACUUUUGGACCACAACGAUCCUGACCGCGCCUGGGUCACCCGCAAGCCCGAGGACGACUUUGUGCUGCUGAUCAACAACUUGGGUGGUGUGAGCACCCUUGAAUUGGCGGGUAUCACCGAUGAGGUGCAUCGCCAGCUGGAGAGGGAUUACAACGUCAAGCCAGUCCGCGUCAUUCAAGGCACUUUCCUCACCAGUCUGAAUGGCCUGGGCUUCAGCAUCUCUCUGUUGAAACUCGUGGACACUGGACUGGGUUCAGGAAAGUCCUUCCUGGAACUUCUCGACGCUCCCGCGGAGGCUGUUGGCUGGUCCGCUCCCAUUCGCACUGAAACCUGGAAGCAUCGGUCGGAUGCUCCUGUUGAGCUGAAGAGGACUAAGAUGCCCGAAGAUCAGCCCAGCAACGUGACAUUGGACGUUAGCGUUCUCAAGAAGGUCCUGGGCACUGCCCUCCAGCGCGUCAUUGCUGCCGAGCCCGAAGUCACACGCUACGACACUAUCGUCGGUGACGGUGAUUGCGGUGUAGGGUUGAAGCGUGGUGCAGAGGCUGUCCUUCAGCUCCUGGAGGACCCAUCCUCCAAGAUCACCGACGACGUGGUGAAUGCUGUGAACCGCAUUGUCAGCGUCGUGGAGAACACCAUGGACGGCACCUCCGGAGCCAUCUAUGCCAUUUUCCUCAACGCGCUCGCCCACGGCCUCCGUGAGCAGGACCGCGGCACAACCACCCCCGCUACUGUCGAGGUUUGGGCCGCGGCGCUCUCGUACUCACUCUCCGCACUCUCCCGGUACACCCCUGCCCAGCCCGGCGACCGUACGCUGCUCGACGCCCUUGUUCCCUUCUGCACGCAACUCCAGAAGGUCAAGGACGUGCACGUUGCCGCCCGGGCGGCGCAACAAGGCACCGACUCGACCAAGAACAUGAAGGCCAGCUUGGGCCGCAGCGUCUACGUCGGUGGCGAAGAGGAAUGGGUGGGCAAGAUCCCUGACCCGGGCGCUCAUGGACUCAGUGUGUUCCUCAACGGUCUGUCCGAGGCUCUGUAA